CAGGCACAUAGUUCCACAGAGCUAGCUGAGCAGCUUACAGAAUCAGAGAGGUGUCUAGAGAAGCAACAGGAGCCCCGACAUCGCACCGAGGAAGCUAACCAGCAGAGGAACAGCAUCUCCACCACAAAAGUAGCUGAUGGUGAUCAUAAACCUUUAGGAUUCCAAUAAUCUCUGCAGUUUUUGUGGGUCUCCGGCAUCCUUGCACAUUGACUUUGGAAAAAAGGGACUUUCACUUCAGAACACAAGGGAGCUUGUAGGGUCAGAGAAACUACACGGUAGUCGAGAGCAGUAUUAUUAUGAUAAUUUUUUUUAGAGAAACAAGGUGAAGGAUCUGCAACAUUAAAUAACAGGCUGCGUGUUAGUGGAUCUGAAACUGAGCAUAUAUUUUUAAGAGAUCCUUUUAAAAAGAAGCAACCUGUCAACAGCUCCACCUGCCCUGCAACAUUUUUUUUUAUUUGGUGACUGUCACUGUUGGUUUUCUUGUUGUAUAAAAAGGAUUACACUGUUGGGUUAGCCCCCUUAUUGUUGGAGGCCAGUACGAGUGGGGCUACAACCGAGGAGUGAGAUGGAAUAAGACUGGUUACAUAAAUGGAGGACAAGUUGCAAACAACAUCUGCUGCUGAUUUCAAAGGCAGGGAUUUUCGCUAGCCCAUCAUCUUGACCCCCCCCCCCAGUUGCUACAAAGUACUUGUCUUUCGGUAGCCAAGAGCUGCACCCUCUCCAAAAAAAUUGGCUACUUGCCCCUCAUUAAACAGCCCUCAUCCCCUCCGAGAUGCACCCGGAACAACGCCACUGGGCUGAAUUGGUCACUACCUUUGAGUCAUUCCUCAUCCCUAGAUGCAUACGAUGAUUUUUGUUACCGAUUUGAUGUCUUGACUUGAAUACAUUUGCCAUUUUAAUCACUUCUGCCUUCUAACGCCUCACCAUCACGUAUCCAUUUCUACCGCAGCCAGAGACACUGAGUGCAGUAUAUGUUAUGUUUUGCAGACUGAAAAUCCUAGCGUACUGGUCAGACAAAUUUGUCACGGAUUUUGCAUCCAUCGGCUCGCGGUGCUUUGCAUUUCAAGUUUAAUGUAUGAACUGGCUGUCUGUAGGGGGUGAUUGCUCUGCGGAAUAGUCGAGGUAACGCUGAAUGGACUUGUGUUGCUCGGGGGGUUUAAUUGGUGCCUUCCUGUGCUCCUUUGAGGUGUCUUCCCACACGUGCUGAUCGGUUCCUGAUUGGAAAUAGCAAUUCGUGCUAACUGAUCCCCAUUUUAAGCAAGGUGGAAGGGCAGACCGAGAACCAGCAACCCUCCUGAAGAGCUCCACCAUAUUCACAGAAGAGCGGCGAAAGCCGGUCGCCAAAGGACUCGCAGGCUGAGCAGAGGUUGAAUUGCUUUGUUUAUUUCAAAAUGGGCUUGCUGAGGCACUGGUUGGUUCUUUUAGCCAUCUGCUGGGUUUCUAAGGCAAAACCCAUUACCUAUCGGAUGAACGAGGAACAACCUCCAAACACAUUAGUUGGUCGCUUGGCUGAGGACCAUGGAUAUCCUAAUACUAAACAUUUCUACAAAUUAGAGGUGGGUGCACCAUAUCUGAGGGUGGAUGGCACAACUGGGGAAAUUUAUACAACGGAGACAUCUAUAGACAGAGAAAGUUUGCCUGAUUGUCAGAAGGUGCCACAGGGUGACCCGUGUUUUCUGGAGUUUGAAGUUUCAAUGACUGACCCAGCCAAAAUACCACGUCUGUUAGAGGGAAGGAUUGAAAUUCUAGACAUAAAUGAUAACACUCCAAAUUUUCCAUCGCCUGUGAUAACCCUACAUAUCCCUGAGAAUACUCCUAUUGGAAACCUUUUUCCCAUUCGGCCUGCUACAGAUCGUGAUAUUGGUGCUAAUGGUGUAGCCAGAUAUGAGUUGUUGACUGGGCCUGAAUAUCAGAGUCUCUUUAGCUUGCAAGUGGCAGAUGAACCAGAGGAAAAACAGCCACAGUUAAUAGUGUUGGGAAACCUGGACCGGGAAAUGAAGGAUAAUUAUGACCUAACCAUAAGAGUACAUGAUGGUGGAAUCCCACCAAGAUCAAGCAGUGCAAUUCUGCGUAUCACCAUUUCGGACACUAAUGACAAUGCUCCCAAGUUUGAGAAGUCAGCAUAUGAAGCUGAAUUACCUGAGAACAGCCCAGUGGGACAUUCUGUACUUCAGGUGAAAGCCAAUGACUCUGAUCAGGGUGUCAACGCAGAGAUUGAGUAUUUAUUUCAUCAACCUCCAGACGCAGUCAAGCGUCUUUUCCAUUUGGAUAGAAAUACUGGCCUCAUAUCUGUUCAGGGAUCAGUAGACAGAGAGGAAAUUGGUCAUUUCAGAUUUACAGUUAUUGCAAAAGAUAAAGGCAAUAAUCCUAAAUCAGCUAAGACGCAAGUUGCCAUCAAUGUCAAAGAUGUAAAUGACAAUGCUCCAACCAUUGAGAUCCGAGGAAUUGGUCUGGUUACUCAUCAUGGAGGGACUGCCAAUAUUACAGAGGAUGUGCCUGUUGAAACUGCAGUUGCCCUUGUCCAAGUAUCUGACAAAGAUGAGGGUGAGAAUGCUGCUGUCAUCUGCGUGGUGGCUGGUGAUGUUCCUUUUCAGCUCAAGCCUGCCAGUGAAAGCAACAAGAAGUAUUUCCUUCAGACAACAAGUCCUUUAGACUACGAAACGUCCAAGGAGUAUACUAUUAUGGUUGUAGCUGUGGAUUCUGGAAACCCACCCCUCUCUAGUACAAAUUCUCUUAAAGUCCAGGUAGUAGAUGUUAAUGAUAAUGCUCCUAUAUUCGCUCAGAGUGUCUUGGAAGUACAAUUCCCAGAAAAUAAUGAACCUGGGGAUAUUUUGCUUGAUGUCGAUGCAACCGAUGCAGACAGUGGAAGCAAUGCUCAGCUAGUUUAUUCCAUUGUUUUGGAUCCCUCAACAGAGAAUGAUUUUGAGAUUGAUCCAAAUUCAGGAACAAUAAAGGUGAAGACAAUCUUGGACAGAGAGCAAAGAGAGCGUUAUGAGUUUCAGGUUUUGGCAGCAGAUAAGGGAUCACCGAGCCUUAAAGGUACUGCAACUGUAAUAGUUAGAGUCUUGGACAAAAAUGACAAUGAUCCCAAAUUUAUGCUGAGUGGUUAUAAUUUCUCAGUUAUGGAGAAUAUGCCUCCUCUGAGCCCAGUUGGAAUGGUUACGGUUAUUGAUGAUGAUGCAGGUGAGAAUGCACACGUACGGCUUUUUGUGGAGCCAGACAAUGGAGACUUUGUAAUCCAGAAUGGAAGUGGCACUAUUCUGUCAAGCAUAUCUUUUGACCGAGAGCAACAAAGCACCUACACUUUCCGCUUAAAGGCUGUAGAUGGAGGGGUUCCUCCCAGAUCUGCAUAUGUUGGUGUUACCAUCAAUGUGUUGGAUGUGAAUGAUAAUGCUCCUUAUGUUACUCAACCCUCAAACUCUUCUUACAGACAUAUAAGCACACAAAAUAAAAUUGGGACUCCUGUGGAAAGAGUUAAGGCAGAGGACAUUGACUCUGGUCUUAAUUCAGAACUGACUUACAGCAUCACUGGUGGUAACCCAUAUGAGCUCUUCCACAUUUCCACUUCUAGUGGUGAUAUUACAUUGGAGAAGGAGAUUCUACGGAAACACUUGGGUCUACACCGACUUGUGGUGAGAGUAAAUGAUAAAGGAAAGCCUUCUCGACAUGCAACUGCAUUAGUACACGUCUUUGUAAAUGAAACACUGGCAAACAUCAGUGUAGUAGAAGCACUAGUUGGACAUAGUCUUGACACUCCAUUGGACAGAGACAUAGCAGGUGAUCCUGAUUACGAGCGAAGCAAGCAGAGGAGUAAUAUCCUUUUUGGAGUGAUUGCAGGGAUCAUUGUUGUAAUAUUGGUCAUUGUGAUUGUGGUUCUGGUCAUGAGAUAUUGUAAGCAAAAAGAUGCCAAAAGUGGGUACCAGGCAGGCAAAAAAGAAACUAAGGAUUUAUAUGCACCCAAGCAAAAUAAUAAAAUUCACAAAAAUCGAAACAAGAAAAAUAAGUCCCCUAAACCACCCAAACCAGCAGAUGAGGAUGAGGAGGCAGGCCUUCAGAAGGCCUUGAAAUUUAAUCUUAUGAAUGACACUGUUGGUGAUAGCCCAAGAAUCCAUUUGCCAUUGAACUACCCACCAGGAAGCCCAGAUCUGGGCAGACACUACCGCUCAAAUUCCCCACUACCAUCCAUUCAGCUCCAGCCGCAGUCUCCCACUGCUUCAAAGAAGCAUCAGGUGGUGCAAGACCUGCCAGCCGCAAACACUUUUGUUGGAACUGGAGACAACAACUCUACAGGAUCAGAUCAGUACUCGGAUUACAGCUACAAGACAAACCCCCAGAAAUACUGCAACAAGCAGCUGCCUCAUCGAAGAGUGACAUUUUCAUCAGCCAAUCAAGCUCAGGACUUGCAGGAUCCAUCACAGCAUAAUUAUUAUGACAGUGGGCUUGAAGAAUCUGAGACCCCAAGCAGUAAGUCCUCAUCUGGUCCCCGGAUUGGUCCACUUGCACUUCCAGAGGACCAUUAUGAACGUACUACCCCAGAUGGCAGCAUUGGAGAAAUGGAACAUCCAGAAAAUGACCUCCGACCACUGCCAGACGUUGCCAUGACAGGGAACUGCACACAAGAGUGCACAGAAUAUGGCCACUCAGAUACCUGCUGGAUGCCUGGGCAGCCAUCUCCCAAUCGUAGACCCAAGAACACCCCCAAGUUAUCCACCUUUGUGCCUUACCAAGACAAAGGGGGUCAAGAACGAAUAAGUAAUGGGAGCCCAAAACUCCCAGAUGAACGUAACCCCAAGAUGGCCAACAUUCGCUUGUUACCAACAUACAGUGCCUUCUCUAGUACCAGCCAUGAGCCCAGUAAGGACUCCCCUCUGGAAGAAAUUCCUCUUACUCAAGCCUCUGACUUCCAACAAGCCACAACUCCUUCUACCCAGAAUUCUAAGCGAGAGAUAUACCUGUGAUGACUAAGAGGAAGACUCAGAUUGUGCCUGCUCAGAGGGAGCUGAUCAUCUAAAAGGAAGUUGAAAAGCAAAUGGCUUCUGUGUCUGAUUAAAAGAAACACAGAUUACCUGCAGGAAUGUAUAAGAAAUUAAUGAACAUAUUCUUUUUUUCAGUAAAAAUGUUUUCAGGUUUUCUAUUGAGAAAAAUAACUCAUUUUUCAUGGUGAAAUUUCUCUUGGACCAUCGUCAGGACCCAGAUGGCUAUGAAUAAGUUUAAACGACAGCUGCAUCCUUGAUGCAUUUCUUGUAAUGCAUCUGCAGUAUUACAAGGUGGGAGCUCUACAGCCUAGUAACCAAAGGUACAAAUUGAGCAAGUUUUAUAGUGAGACCAGAUGAGGCCUCGCCACCAGGUGUCCACCUUCAGUUUGACCAGUAAGGCUCAGUCUGCUGCUGUAGGAAGGAAAAUUCUUCUUUGUUAACUGUUGAGCACUGUAAAUAAGACCUUUCAUCAAUGUAACUAGUCUGCCUGAUUUUAAAAGUUGUGUGAUUCAUAAGCAUUUUCAAAAAUCAAUUCUAGAUUUUAUUCUUUUCCAGAAGGAAGAGUGGAACCUGAUAAAAAGUUGAGCAUUGUUUAUUACUGUAAAUAAAGAAAGUAACAUCAAAAUAAGAUUAGAGAAAGAGAAAGUUAUCAACACUGGAUUAUUUUAUAUGUGUUUUUUAAUUUAUUUUUUCCAUUAUGUUGAAUUACAAGCAAGUUGCUAAAUACUGAUUGAUGUAUGGCAUAGACAGGAGUCUUUUGCCUCUGGUUGUGACUUAUCAGCUACUUAAUACUGUCACACAAAGAAAAAAAAUACAUUUUUAUACUUGAAAGAUGUUUAUUUUUAAUCAAACCCCCCCCCCCCCCCCCCCAGGGAGUUUGGUGCCAUGUGAUGGUAAGGACAUUUUUUGAGUUGGGUUAUUUUUAAUAUUUUCACAUAUUUGCCGUUCAUUUACAUUUUUCCUCGCUGGUGUUUUCUUGUGACCUUAAUGACAUUCUUUGAGAAGUGGAUUCUUUAGGCCUUCUAAAUGCUUUAGGAAACCAAAGUGGUUAAAAAGGCUGUGUAAAAUAUAUUGAAUUUAAAUAUCCAUUUAUUAUUCUGAAAUAUGUAGGAUAAAAGUAAUAAUACUUGAAGAAAUGAAUUAAUGUCUUCAAGGUUUCCUGGUAUCAGAAGUGUAAAAAUGAGACAGAUCUGGCUCAAGUGGAAAGUACUUUUUGUUUCUUUUUGCAUAAAUUGGGAUCAGGCAAAUGUACACUUAUGUGUACAUAGGUAGAUGCAGGCAUCUUAAUAAAUGCCUGAUCUAUUUUCAGAAAUAUUCCUGCGCUGAGCUGUAAUAAAACAAUGUAGUGCAUGCUGUUUUGCAUUAGCAGCUUAAGUUAAUUGAGUCAUUUUACAGCUGCUUGUGUUCUUAUGGAAGAACAGACCAAGGGAUUGUCAGCAGCUAGUUCACUCAAAAUGUCAGUGAGAACUCUAGUUCGGCAUUAAUGUAGAUGCAAGUUAACCAAGUCUGUCUUUCCUUUCUUGGCAAAAUUUAAGAUCACAGUCAUCUUCUUUUGUAAGACAUUAGUUUGUAACUUGGCUUAACAGGGACAUUUAUAUUUUGAUAUUGGCAUCCCCUUGGUAUGACUUGGUCUGUUUUUUUUUCUAGUCAUACCUUGAUGCUAGUAGGUGAGUGGCUUUGAUGUUUAGUGAACUGAAAAUUAUUACUGACCAGUUAUUGGAAGAAAUACUGGAUCUUCAUAUUGUUUAGCCAGUGAUAACUGAGUAAGUGUUAAAAAUGAAUUUAGAAAUGGACUAAUCAAAGAAAAGCUAUGAUUGGACAUCCUUGUAACUCAACUUUUGGCCUUUCAGGUCAUAUCAAUAUGCAAGAUCCGUCAGCAUGAUGUCUAACUUUAUUGUGAGACAAUCUUUUUUUUUAAUUUAUGAACAUUUGUAGUAUAUUUGUUUAAACUGUAUUUAUAACUCUGUUAUGGUUUUGUUUUUUAAUGCAUCACUUAAUCUGUGAGAGCUUGUGUUCCAUUUGUUGUGUUUUUCUUGUUUUAUCCAUUGCUGUUAUUUUUACUAUGUAAUUGUGUCUUUAUGUAGUCUGUUACUCAUGUAAUACAACAAGCAGAUUGUUGGUCCUCACUAAGAAAAGAGGAAGGAGUUCAUUGUCAUUUUAAUGAAGAAGGGAACUGUAAGUUGGGAGUUGUUUUAUAUUGUGCCUUUGUAAGGAGUGUAGGGGAAGUUUUAUAAAAUCAGAUUUUGGGACAUUGAAAUAGUCAGCCAAAUGCUGCUGUCUGCAGCUACCUUUUGAUAAAAUAAUGGCAUUUGUAUUGCAAGCGAUUCUAAACUUUUCUGUUAUCAUUUUUCUCUACAACAUCUGCUCUCUUGACUAGUACGUCUCUUGAAGUACUGUGUCUAAUGUUUCUUAAGGCAUCCCCCCACUGGGAAAGGCUUACAAAUUAUUGUCUUUCACCAUAUGUUGAAAGGAGUGCUAUAGAAAGUAAUCCAUGAAAAUGAAUAACCAUGUGCGUGUUUUUAUAGAAAGUAAAAAAAAGAUUUGUAGUAGGGAUAAUCUGAAGAGGUUGUUGUGCAUUUAGUAGUCAAGGGCUUAGAACAUUUUAUAUCAUCAGGUCUUAGCCUCACCCAGCACUGGGUUGAUUAGUUCUUUUACUACGAUGUCUUGCAUGAUGCAUUAGCCAAGAGGAGGUAAGCCACAUGUAGAACUACCUAGUCAAACUGCACUGGAUUUAUGCUACAAGUGGCAUUCUCUUAAAAGUAAGAAUGAACUUCAAUGCUGCAUGAAGCAGGAGAUUACACAUCAAGUUACAUGCACUGAAAGAGUGGCUCGGGUACUUUUCUAAGAGAAUAUUUUGCAGUUUUAAUUACUGUUUCCAUUGUUUUUGGCUCACUCACUCAGUUCUGUGUGACUUGUGCUGCAAUUCAUCUGUGCACAUCUUUAUAGUGCAUUGUUUGUUAAUUGAAAAUUCACUGCUUUCAGAGAAACAAUCAGUGGUACCACAAGUUUUUUUAAAUGUGUCCAACUAGGAUAGAUGUACUUUGUAGUGGGUCACUUUACUUUCCACAGAAAAUCAAAGAUGUUCAACUGAAGAAACUGUUAAAUGUGGUUUUCUUCCUAGUGGCAGGCUAAAUUCUUGUUCCACUUUAAAGUACUAUUUAUGCCUUUAAGUCUCACUGGGAGCUGUAUGAGAAUUUAGGAAAUCAAUUUAAAUGAGUGAUAGCAGAGAACUAAUGUUAGGUAGGAAACCUUUGGUGGGGCACCUUCAGUGUUUUCUUGUAGCUUCAGCAUCCCUCCUGCAGCCCUGAUUUGCUUGAACUCGUAAUGUGGAAAAUGUCAGUGGGCAGUGAGAAAGAAAAUUAAGCCAACUUCCAAAUUUUAUAGAUAAAUACAUUUUAUAUAGAUAUAUAUAUAUAUACACACACACACACACACACACACACAUAGAUAGAUAUACAGCAUCUUGUAUAAUAUAAAUAUAUAUAAUGUUGCAUUGAUAUUUUGAUAUAAAACAAAUUUAUGUUGUAAAGUUUUUUCUGUCCAAAUCUGAUAUGCGAAGUCAAUUUUGUGAUGCUUGGAGAUGGGCAUUUAGCUAUUCACUUGUCUUGCUCUGUUGAGACCUGUGCAACUUCUUAGAAGUUGUGUUAUAUGAAUUUUUAUUGGAGGCAGAUUCACAAUCAUUUCAUGAGCUGGGAAACUCUCUUUCUUCUACUGUACAAUGAGGAAGUUCUUACUAGGAGAGAGGGUGAGGUGGGUUAAGAGACUUUUGUCAAGCUGCAGAGCUUGUGUCAGAAUAACAAUUAGCUCAGGGCUUCUGAAGGCAUAGCUGUCAAAGUAUUUGAGGAACUAUGGUUAAAACCUUCAAGUAUUUCUAGGUGAGAAAUAGCUGAAAUCUCAGAAGGAUAUUUUUUUACUUAUUUUCUUACAUGCAAACAUUUCUUUUGGAAAGGUGUUAUGGUUGUUUACUAUUUUAAACAUUGUUAGUGUUUGUAUAAGUUGUAGUGUGUUUUAACUUAUCAUGCACUAUGUUCAAUGUUGAUUUUUAAGCAUCUAGUAAAUAUUGUACUGAUUUUCCUGCUAGUCAUACUCUUGAUUUUAAACAGCUUCAUUUCAAGGCAUUUGUCUCUGGUCACUUGUAAGAAUGCCAGUUUCUCCAAGGUUGUAGCAUAAUUUUUUCCCCAUAAAGUAGUGAUAUCAGAUCUUAUUGAAUUAAGUAGAGCAGUCUUGCCUUGCAGCAUAUGUGUGGGAGAUGAAGUUCCCUUCCUUCCAGAAAACACUUUAUGCAAGCAUUUCUAUGACAUUUCUUCUGCAUAUUGGUCAAAGAAAAAUGAGUGUAUGUAAAUUGGUCCUUGGCCAUGACUUUUUGUUCGUGAAUUAAGAGGUAGAAAAUUGAGAUUCUUGAAAUAUACUUCAAACUUUAUGCUUGGACUGCAACUUAAUUUAUUAUUAAAUCUUUUGUAUCUUCACAGUAAAUUGUUAUACUUGGAUAUCAGCCCCUCCAAAGGUUUCCUUCAGUUCACAGGUUACAUAACAGUACGUUUUCUUCUGUAAUUGUCUGAUCAUAUGUAUAUAUCUGCUCAUCAGGGAUGGCUGCUUACUACUCUUUUUGAAAAGGAUAGACAGCUCUAUUAGCUCAUUAAGCAGGACAUUUUUUGGUUACUAGCACUCUCUGUUGUCAGAAGGUGAAGGUAAUUUAGUUCGGAUUUUGAAUUUCCUGGUAUUAGACAAGUACUAAAUUUUCUUUUUUUAUACUCAUUUAUAUCUUUCCAGGGGUGAUCAGGGAGAAAUGUUUGAUUAAGCGAUCUAUUCAGAAUCAAACAGUAGGGAAAUGAAAGUGGAAGGAAUUAAAUAAUUAAGUUCUGUACCUUUGGCUAUAGGAAGCAGCUCAGAGCCUUAGUUCUGUGCACUAAUUACUAGAUAGUUGUAUUUAUUUUUGAUUUGCUUACUAAGUAGGAUCGUUCAGAGGGUGUUUUUGAUCUUGACCCAGGUCUUAUGUACAAAUCAACAUUAAUAUAUUCAGAAAUAUUUUUUCUAAGCAUCAGCAUAUUAUACACAUAUAUGCAGUAGAAAAAUACAUUUAUUAAAAGCCCUCAUGUUUAACACAUGUAACUGCAAAUCAGAAAAUACAGCUGGUUAUGCAGGAACAGAUAUUUAAUGAAUUGUUUUAAGCAUUUUUCUGUAGUAUUAAAAAUUGCAUCUCACAGUCUUUUAAUGUCUUCUUACCUUGAGCAAAGUUUACAACAAUGUGCAUGCAUAAAGACUGCCUCAGGUUUGCACAUUCUCCCAUGAUUUAAAUAUUUACAAAAAAACGUAUUCUGACUCUGCCUGGGUCUUUUUUUUUUUUGUCAUAUCAGAAUGAGCGUAAAUUUAAACAAAUUAAGAUUUUGAUGAAUACUCUUUGAGAGUUCCACUGUUAACGUUUCAUCUCAGAUUGCCAGUGAUGUGAAAUUUUUGUUGAACAGGUGCUCCACUGAAACUGUUACUUUGUAUUGUCUUCAGAUCAGAAGUAUUAGGAAAAUACUAAAAUCGCUAACAUGUAUUAGUAAAAUCGUUUUAUUCUUCUUGGAGAUGAAUUUCAUGGGUUUACAGGGGCAUUUUUUUUUUAAAUGAAACCUAAUUUUAUAUCUGAGAGGCAUAGACUUUUUUUUAAGAACAGUAACUGCUCUGCACAGUCCCAUUUCUAAUUGCAGGUCGAGUGAGAAUGAAAGUGAAGAUCUGGAAGGGAUUAUAAAGAUAAGAAAAUGCUCCUCCAAAAAAUUUAAAUAUAGUGUAUGUUUCCAUUAAGUGCAAGCCCAUCAGGAAGAAAAUUGAUUUUUAUUUUAUUUUAUGAGCUGAUUAGGGUUAUUAUUUCUUUUACAGUUCUUCCUUUUCUGUGCAACAUCCAUUACUUGAGAAAUUGGAUACUUUUCUUGAAACAGUUUCAUGUAUCCAGAUGGUAUUCCUAUAUCUCCUAAAGGUUUGGAAAGAUUUUUGAGUGUGUUUCAGGAUAUGCAUUUAUUCAAGAAACUUUCUUGAGAUGUCAGUUAUAUAUAACAGCUGUUAAAGAGAGUAAGAAGCUGGUUUUAUAUAUUUCCAUCACCUCUUAAAUCCCACACAUUACAACUUUAAAGUUUUCGUCAAAGAGACUGUAUUCCUUAACUUCACUGCAGUUAGAAUUUUAAUUUUGCCAGUGUUCUUGAUAAAUUAAUAGAAUGACUUUGUUAAUCAAGCUGAUUUUACAGCAGGUGUGUACAGAUUCUAUCAGUUGCAUAAUGAUAUGCUUUUGAGUACUGAUCCCAGUUUACACUUAGUGCUUGCUUUCUUUCAAGCUUCUUUCUAGUGUGAGGGCAUUGAGGUAUGCAUAGUUAAACAGUUGGCCUUUUUCAGGAAGUCUUCUUUCCAGCAUCAUUAGCAUGCUUUCUGUUCCUGUUCACUUUUGUCUUGAAGGCACAACUUUUAUUCCUGACCUUAAAAUAUUAACUUUUAAUGAACU